AUGGACGCCGGCUCGAUUUUUCUAUGGAUAUUCCUCGCUAUUUGUUGGUCACCGUUUGCCAUAGGAGCACUGUUCCUGAUCGUCAUCAUUGGCGCUCCAUUAAUAGAGGAAUACAAGUACUAUGAAGGCCGAUCCUAUAACGACCACGGCCGGUAUGAGUCCAAAUACUUGUGUGUUUGCAGUUUCUCCGUGUGCUUAUAUCAACAGCAGCACCUUUGGACCCGUGUUUUUCGAAAGCUGCGCAAUAUUUGUGGUACAGGAAAAUCAUUUGAUGACAGUAGUAUUUUGCCAAUGUCCCAGACACAGCAUCAGAAGAAGAACGCAGCGCUUUUGUCACCAUCAGAACAAGAAGGAGGGGGGCAGCAACAGGAAAAGACUUCAGUUUCCAUUGACUUAUCUCCACCAAAUACACCCGCAAUGACGACUAUGAUGGAUAAAGAAGAAGUGUCGAGUGCUACUGCAAGUUCUAGUGCUGCCUCAUCCUCCAAAAACAAAAGCGCGCCAGCAACUGGAGGUGGGACUACUACUGCGAGUACAUCAGGCAGUAGCAAUCUGUAUGCGGGAGGGUACUAUGGCAGCAGCAAUCACCAUCCAAUCUACACGCGAAGGUCAAUGGCGCAUUUGCCAGAGACAACGUUUGACAGCACCUACCUGUGGGGGUAUGGGCUGCUUGCAGCCACAGCGAUACUGUUCUUCGGCACACUGUAUGCGAUGAUUGGCAGCAAAUUCGUGCCAGACACCCAAAUCGAGAUCCUGGACUGGAUCAAGCACGAUGAAUACUACUGCUUGCUGGUGCCCAUCACUGCAAUCGUCUGGAUCUACUUCAUUGUGUGGAACUGGAUGGGCAUGAAGUUCUUCAGGCACAAUUAA